AUGGUAUAUAUAAAUUCCUGGCAAGAGUACCAGGAUGCGGCAGAGGCCUUGUACAAGAAAUCUCCCUUCAAGACUCGUUAUUGCGUGAAAUGGAAGUCAUCCGAAGGAAAGCUGGUGCUGAAAAUAACUGAUAAUGUAUCGUGUAUCAAGUUCAAGACUUAUUCAUCGAUAUAUCUCAAUCGAUUUGAAGCUCUGAAUAUUUCGUUGAUGGAAAAAAUGCAGAACAGACGAGUUGUGCAACCAGAUCCUCCGCCUUCUGAACUGGUUGACCCUCCUGCCCGAAAUAGUCCUGGUCCAACAUCGUCUGUUACGACCGCUGCAUCUGGACCCACAUCUGGAGGUGUAAAGAAGAAGAAGGCGAAGAAGAAGAAGUAA